AUGUCUACUUUGAAUGUUUUGAGAUAUACUGCUUUAGGUUUGGGUAUUGUGUUUGGUUUAAAGAAUGACUGGGCGUUGCAGGGAGCAGCUAAGGAAAAUGCUGAGAGUAAGAAAUUGGCAAGGCAAUUGGCCCUUGUUAACGAGGCCAAGAAGGAAUAUGCUAGGCUAAGUUCUUCCAAGGAUGUUGAACAGAAGACGUCGAGCAGCAGUGUCAAGGUUGAUUUUGAAGAUCCGAAUUUGGACUUUGGAGCAGCUAUUUUAAGUGCUGUGGAUUCUUUGAAGCAUUGA